ACCUCCAUUCAGAGUAAUUCAUUCUGGAGGAGCAGACCAAGAGAUAGCAGGAUUAAAAUGAAGACUGCUUUUGUUCUUCUUUUGAUACUCUUAACCAGUUUUGUGGAUGCCUCACCAGUACUGCCGGAGAAACAAGCCAAACAGAUUUUGAGAACCCGCCGUGAAACAAGAAAACCUGGCUUCCCCGAUGAGCCAAUGAGGGAGUACAUGCUUUACCUCCAACGCUUGGAACAGAGAUCUGAAGAACAAUUCAUGGAGCACUGGCUGAAUCCACACUGCUACCCGCAUUGUGACAGGAAUUUAGUGUACCCUGUGUGAUGUGCUUGGUUCUUUUCCUCUCAGUCAGGACCAUCUUUCUGUGUCCACAAAAAGGAAAUAAAGGCUACGUGAAAUGGAACAAGAUUCAUCUAGUACUCUCUGCAAACGUUUACCAGAGCAUUGAAGCUUUGGGUCCCAAGAUGCCUCUGCAAUCUUAGCCAUCUAGCUCAGCUUUCUUUAUAGUAAUGAGCAUUAUGAAGAACUUAAUUCUGGUAAAUAUCAUUGGCAUAGAUUCUAGAAAUGUGCUCAGCCUUGCUCAUUUGUGCGCUGUAGAAUUGAGCUUUCUAGGGCAGGAAGAGGUAGGUUUCAAGUGCAGGAAUGUGAAAGUUGGCUUAAAAGUUGAGAAGCCAGAUAAAUACAGCCAGACCUUUUAAUGAUCAGGUGAAAGGCCUUCUCCAUCCUGAAUGGUUCCACACACUUUACUAUCAUUGUCCAUCCCUUGAUCAUACAAAUCUAUUGCAUAGUAACAACAUCUUAUGUUGGGUUGGAUCCUGCCUAAAACUGAUGACCGUGCAACAGGAGAGUGUUGGAUUUUUCCAGUUCCUCUCCCCUCCAUUCCUGAGUGUCUCCUGUCCUCCAGGAGCAUUUUUAAGGGGCAUUUUGGGUGGCAGUGGGGGAAGGAGGGAGUUGUGUUCCAUAGAUAGAAAUCCUUCUGUCAGGAGAAAUUGUAGUCCAUGACCUUGUCCACAGUUCUUCCCAACUCUCUCAGCCCCACCUACCUCACAAGAUGUCUGUUGUGGGGAGAGGAAGGGAAAAGAGUUUGUAAGCCCCUUUGAGACUCCAUCCA